AUGUCCAGCUGCCGGGUCCCGAAAUCCUGGCUGGAAAUCACCGUGCCGUGCCGUCAUGUGGAAGGGAAACUUGCCGAGCCCCACCAUAACCAACGUUGCUGCAUCCAAACACCAACAUCGACAAUAGUGGUAACGUUCUGUGGAGAUAUUUUGCUGAUCCUUUUAUGCGGCGUGGCACCUCAGGCCUCUGCGAUUCCUGUCGUGGUGUAUCACCAUUUACAGUCUCAUCCAUACGCACAACAGCCACCGGUCAACAACUCGGCUACCGCCACCGAGCCUAUUAAGACCUGGAGCAAUCUUCAAGUCUCUUUAAUACUUGACGAGCUAAUCAAAGCCUCACAUCCCACCAUCAAGCUGAAGAAAGGGAGGGUACACCAGGUACUGCUGUCUUCAGACAAAUACCACAGUGUAGAACACACAAGACGUGGGCUCUAUGUAAUAACAGUUCUCGUAACUAAUUCCAACGCCCGAGCUUUUUUGCAUGCUUGGGCAGAUCCAUCAAGUGAUGCAGCUCUAUCUGGGGAUAUUGCCGGCCACGCUCUUCAUCCAGCACCAAACUCCCCUGGAGCUUUCCGCCAAAUCCAGACAUGGCUCGAAACCUGUCUGAGAAGCCAUACAGAGUGCAACUCUGUGCCCUUGGCGGAUGCAGACACAUCAUCCACAACCCGCUUUCCCACCAGGCUGUUGGACGUCGAGACUAACAACACCCCCUUUGUCAGAGUGACGGAUCGUCAGAAUGCACUGGGACGAUACGCGGCGUUGAGCUACUGCUGGGGUCCAGCAGCCACACAACUUCGCACCCUCAAGUCGAACUUGGCUGAACACACCACCACGGGAAUAAACAUAUCCGCCAUGCCAGCCACCCUCCGCGAUGCCGUCAUCGCAACGAGGAAUCUCGGCCUCCGCUACCUCUGGAUUGACGCCCUUUGUAUCAUCCAAGAUGAUAGCCCCGACUGGCUGCGAGAGGCACCCCAAAUGGGCCUCAUCUACCAAAACGCCCACCUUACCAUUGCCGCGACGGGUUCUAGCUCGUCCACCGGCGGUUUGUUUCACCCUCGAGACACCACCACAAAUCAGUCCGUUAUUGAGCUCUCUUACCUACCACCGGGACGUACAAAGCCCCGAACAUUCUUCGUAGGACCACAUACCCCUUUCUUUGACAAAGUCGUCACCGCGAGCGUAUGGAACAGCAGGGGCUGGGUCCUCCAGGAACGAAAUCUGAGCCGGAGAAUUGUCCUGUUUUUUGUCGGACAGCUGUUCUUUGAGUGUAUCCGGCAUAGUGUUGCUGAGGAUGGUCUUGUCUUGUUAGCACAUCAAGAAAAACGUCUCGGCAGCAGCGCCUCCGUUUCCCACGGUCCCGCCUGGGCGUGGUGCGCCAUUGUUCAGAAUUACUCCGCGUGUGAUCUUACCUAUGGGGAGGAUAAGUUAUUUGCUGUUGAGGGUAUGAUUGCCAAUGUCAAGGCUAGGGAUCUGAGGAAUAGUAUUUCGUUUUGCGCAGGGGUGGCUGUUGGGGGUCCGGGGAGUGACAUGCUUGCGGUGAAUAUGAUGUGGCGUGCGGAUGGGAAUCGGGCGAUGGAGGAAGUGAAGUUGGGGGAAAAGACCAAGUGGACGCGGCGAGCACCUAGUUGGUCUUGGGCUUCGUUGGAAGGACCGGUGGCGUGGGAGCCGUUUGUUCCGGAGGGGAGGGUGGAAUGUUGUGUGGAGAUUGAAGGGGGUGUGCCGUCUGGAGUGAUGCCUGAUGAUCAAAUGGUUAGAGAGGCGAGGUUGUUAUUGAGGGGCCUGACUGUGGAGGUGGUGAGAUCUUCUGGUGAGAGGUUGGGGGAUGUGGGUUGUGAUAUCCAUGCUUAUGUGAUCGAUUUUGAGGAGCAUUCUGCGUGCUAUGCUCUGUUGGGGGGUGAUGUCGAGGAGGUUCUUGGUUGGGGGGUGUUCGAUCGAGGGGAUAGGGUUGCUGGCCCUUUUAUGGCGGUUGUUGUGUCCCGGAAUGUGGACGAAGAGGAUGAGCAGAAGCAGUCUCUGAAUGUGCUGUUGGUUAAGCAAAAUUCUGCUGAGCUUGGGGAUCUAUACGUCCGGGUUGGCAUGGGCGAGUUAACAAAGUUUGUGAUUGUAAGUUUAAAGAGAGGGAGCUGA